GCGCGCGCGCAGAGGUCUGCAGACCCGGAAGCGGGUUUCGUGGAGCCGAGGCCAGUCUGUGGAGUGAUUGAAUUCUCAAGGCCGAUCUUGUCUGAGGAAGCAGCAGCGUGGACGAGGAGGAAGAGGAAAGGAAGGAGUCAGGAAUGGCUGGCUGUCAGGGAUGGUUGACCUUCAGGGAUGUGGCCAUCGAAUUCUCUCGGGAGGAGUGGGAGUGCCUGGACCCUGCCCAGAGGGCCUUGUACAGGGAUGUGAUGGUGGAGAACUACCGGAACCUGGUCUCCCUGGCCAUCUCUCCCAAAUGUAUGAUCAAGGAAUUACCACCCAAAGAGAACAGUAAUACAGAGGAACUAUCGCAGAGAGUAAAAUUGGAAAGAUAUAAAAGCUGUGACACCGAAGAUUAUGCCUUUAGAGCAGUCCAGAAAAAUAUUCAUGACUUUGAGUAUCAGUGGAGAGACAGUGAAAGAAAUUACAAAGCCAUGCUUGUGACCCUUAACAAAAAUCUCACUGGUGGAAAGGAUCACUAUGGUAGAAGAGAUGCAGGAAAUAAGCCAACUGAAACCACGUUUGGACUAAGCUUUCAGUCACAUCUGGCUGGAGUGCAGAUACUUCAGACCGAAGGGAAAAUUUUUGAAUGUUACCAAGUUGAGAAUUCUCUCAACAAUGGUUCUUCAGUUUCACUGCGUCCCAGAAUUCUUCCUAGUGUCCACACCAACAUUUCUAAUGAACACCGGCAUGAUAUCUUGCAUUCUUCAUUACUCACACAAAACCAGAAAGCACACAUUAGGGAAGAACCUUACAAAUGUGACAAAGCAGUUAAUCCCGGUUCACACCUCACUAGACAUCAGAUCAUCCAUCCAGGAGAGAAACCAUAUAAAUGUGAUGUAUGUGGGAAGGUCUUCAGUCACAACUCCCACCUCGCAUGUCAUCGAAGAAUUCACACCGGAGAGAAACCUUACAAAUGCACUGAGUGUGGCAAGGUCUUCAGUCGCAACUCACACCUUGUACGUCAUCACAGAAUUCACACUGGAGAGAAACCUUACCACUGCAAUGAGUGUGGCAAAGCCUUUAGUGAGUGUUCAAGCCUUACUAACCAUCAGGUAAUCCAUACUGGAGAGAAACCUUACAAGUGCAACGAAUGUUGUAAGGUCUUCAGUCAGAGUUCAGGCCUUGCAAGCCAUCGCAGAAUUCAUACUGGAGAGAAACCUUACAAAUGUAAUGAGUGUGGCAAAGCCUUUACAUAUAGCUCACAACUCACUAACCACCAAGUAAUCCAUACUGGUGUGAAGCCUUACAAAUGUACCGAGUGUGGCAAAGCCUUUAAUCAGAGCUCGCAUCUCACGAGACAUCAAAUAAUCCACACAGGAGAGAAACAUUACAAGUGUGACGAAUGCGGGAAGGUCUUCAGUUACGACUCACACCUUGCACGUCAUCGCAGGAUUCAUUCUGGAGAGAAGCCUUACCGGUGUAGCGAGUGUGGCAGAGCCUUUAGUAUGUACUCAAGCCUUACUUACCACCAGGUAAUCCAUACUAGAGAGAAACCUUACAAAUGUAACGAAUGCGGCAAGGUCUUUAGUCAGAGUUCGAGCCUUCCUAGUCAUCGGAGAAUUCAUACUGGCGAGAAACCAUACACAUGUACCCAGUGUGGCCGAUCUUUUAUUCAGCGCUCAAACCUCACUAGACAUCAGAUGAUUCAUACUGGAGAGAAACCAUAUAAAUGUAAUGUGUGUGGGAAGGUCUUCAGUCAAAAUUCGAGCCUUGUGAGUCAUCAGAGAAUUCAUACUGGGGAUUACAAAGGUAGUGAGUGUGACAAAGCCUUUAUGGUCAGUUCAAGCAUGAAUUGGCCUUAGAGAGUCCACACGAAAGAGAAGUCAUAGAAAUGCAGCAUAUGGGGCAGAGGACUUACACAGGCUUCCCAGCUCCCUAGACAUCGGGAUACCCAUCUCUGAUGAAGCCACGUCAAGGUAAUGUGCACGCUAAGGCUUUUGCCUGUGGAUCAAAACUACAGAACAUCACAGGCCUCAUACUGGACAGCACCCUUGCAAGUGCAAUAAAUCUCAAGGCUUUCUGUCCAACAUCCAUGCCUUUGGUGUCCUGACCGUAUUUAUACCAGAGAGAAACCUGCAGAUUUACUGAACAUCUAAAGGCCUUUAAAGCAACAGUGUGUCCUCGGGGUUCACCAGUUUGUCAUAGAACAAAAUAAUUCAUAAUAGGAAGAAGUCUUACAAAUGUAAUGAAUAUUUUUAUAUUUCUUCCAUGGCAUUCACAACAGAAUCCACAUCAGAGAAUUCUUACGAGGAAUACAAUAACUAAGUCUCAAGUUCUCUAAAUUUAACCUGAGAUAGUACAUACUGCAGAAUGAUUUUUUUUUUUAAAUACUUAAAGCAUACCACAGAAUAAUUUGAAGCCAAAAUGUGGUAAAACUCUAGAUGGAAAAAAGGAUACAUAGACAUAUAGCAAAGGUAUCUAGAGCCUGAAGAUACUAUACUAUGGUUUCUUUGCUAAAUCGUUUCUAGUUUAAAGUAUUGUUUUACACUUCACAUUUAAAGCUGUGAUCAUUUUUGAGCUAAUAUUUGUACAGGUGUGAAGUUUUUGCAGAAAUUUCUUUUGGGGGGGGUAUGGAAAUCAACUGGUCCAGCAUCUUUUCUCCCUUUUUUUUUUUUUUAACUAUCUCUUCAUUCACUUUCCUCGGUAUCUUUGUCCAAGCUCAGUUGGAAGUACUUGCGUUGGACCAUUUCUGGGUCCUCUCUUCUUUUCCAUUGAUCUGUGUGUCUCUUACUCCACAAAUAUAAUGUGGGCUUGAUUACGUUUCACUGUAUUAGAAAUCUAGAAUGAGUGAUUGCGACCACUGUAUUCUUCCUUUUCAGAUGUUUUAGCUAUUGUAGUUCCUUUGCCUUUCCUUAUAACUUCUAGAAUAAUCUUGUUUGUAUCUACAAAAUAUCUUGAUGGAAAUCCUGUCAAACCUGUGUAUCAAUUUGCAGUCAUUUGACAUCGUUUCUAUAUUGUAUCUUCCAAUAAAUGGCUGUGGUAUGUC